AUGGAGCAGGGAAAUUACACCAGGGUGAAAGAAUUCAUUUUUCAAGGACUGACCCAGCCCCAAGAGCUGAGCCUGGUCUUAUUUCUUCUGUUAUCCUUGGUGGACACAGCUACCGUGAUGGGAAACCUCCUCGUCAUUGUCACUGUGACCUGUGAGUCUCGCCUUCACACCUCCAUGUACUUCCUGCUCUGCAAUCUCUCUGUCUUGGACAUCUGCUUCUCCUCCAUCACUGUUCCGAAGGUCCUAGUAAACCUUCUUACAACGAGAAAGACCAUCUCCUUCAAUGGUCGCACCACACAGAUGUUUUUCUUCCACCUCCUCGGUGGGGCAGAUGUUUUCUGUCUCUCUGUGAUGGCCUUUGACCGCUACAUGGCCAUCUCCAAGCCCCUGCGCUAUGUGACUAUCAUGAGUAGGGGGUGAUGCACUGCCCUCAUUGUGGCCUCCUGGGUGGGGGGCUUCGUCCACUCCAUCGUGCAGAUUUCCCUCUUACUCCCACUCCCCUUCUGUGGACCUAAUGUUGUGGAUGGUUUCUACUGCGAUGUUCCCCAGGUCCUCAAACUCACCUGCACCGACACCUUUGCCCUUGAGGUCUUAAUGAUUUCCAAUAAUGGCUUGAUCUUUACACUGUGGUUCAUCUUGCUUGUGUCCUACACAGUCAUCUUGACAAUGCUGACGUCUCACACUGGGGAGGGCAGGAGAGAAGCCAUCUCCACUUGCACAGCCCACAUCAUGGUGGUGACCUUGCACUUUGUGCCCUGCAUCUACGUCUACGCCCGGCCCUUCAUUGCCCUCCCCAUGGACAGAGCUGUCUCCAUUACCGUCACUGUCAUCAUUCCUGUCCUGAACCCCAUGAUCUACACCCUGAGGAACCAGGAGAUGAAGUCAGCCAUGAAAAGACUGAAGAGGAGAUUUGGGCCUUACAAAAAGAAAUAG